CACAGGUUCUAAAAUUGCUGAAGAAUCCUAUUAGCUUUCGAUUCCAUUUGUUAUGUCCCAAAGGCGAUGUUCAUAAAACGUCUGAAUUAUUCACUGAAAAACAUUUUGAGUUCAAAUAUUCAUCUUGUUAUGACCUAAUUACAGUUGAUGCUUUGAAGCAAGAAAUGUCUAAUUGGCCAGAAGAUACAUUUACUCUUUGCUGUCUCAUGGAAAGUGUGCUAGAUUAUGAUUCGUUAUCGCUGACAACAAGUAAAACAGCUGUUACUGGAUGUAAACUUGAAACAAAUAUUUCUAAGUAUGAUUCCUCAUUUACAUGGUCGUCAAAAGAAUCUAAAGGAUUAAAAAAAUAUCCAUUGAAUAUUAAAGAAAUAAAGCUUGGAGACAUUACAGUGAAAGUGAUUAUUACAAAGAGAUAUGGGUUUUGUAAGCUUUAUCUUGUCAGUGAUGUCAAUGAUAAAAGGCACCAUGCUUUAUUUUGGCGUAUAUGCUUUGCGAAAGAAAAACAAAUAGAAAGGUCAUUAUGUAAUUUUAGUGAGGAAAAAAAUGUUUACUACACUGGUGCUGAAAUUGAAAAGUAUAACAUACAAAAUGAAAUCAAAGUAAUGUUUUAUAUAACUUAUCUUGCUCACUCUUUGAUGAAUUAUUGCUAUACAGAUGAAAAGUAUGAUAUUGAAACUCAAUCAAUAUCACUGGAGUUGUUCAAAAUCGGAAGGACUUCAGAAGAGGAGAGUGUUUAUUGUUUACAGCAAAACUUCAGUAAGUUGCUUUUGGAUAAAAUAUUUACUGAUGUUAAGUUACGAGUGGACGAUGAGAUAAUGACCGCUCACAAAAAUGUAUUAGCCUGUAGAUCACCUGUGUUCGCUGCGAUGUUUGAACAACAAAUGACAGAAAAUAAUACAGGUAUUGUGGAUAUUGUUGAUGUAGAAGCAAAAACCUUUUCUUCCUUUUUAGAAUAUAUUUAUACAGGGUCAGUUAAAAAGAUAGAUGAAGAAUUGGCUUUAAACUUGUUAGUUGUAGCUGAUAAGUAUGAUGUACCAUCACUGGCUAAGAAAUGUUCUUUGUUUUUGAUGUCUGUUUUAUCGAAUAACAACUUAUGCAAAGUAUUAUUGAUUGCUGAUAUGGUUAAUCAAAAAGAACUGAAAUCAUUUGUGGUAGAAUUCAUCUUAAAAAAUUCUACAAAUAUUUUAUCUUCUCCUGAAUGGUUGCAGUUAGUUACGAAGAAUAAUACUUUGGCAACAGAGUUGCUGCUUUUAAUAUCAAAAAAAUUUGAUGAACAGAGUAAAAUUAGUGAGAGAAAGUAGGGUCAAAUCUCCAGCAAGAUCAUCAGGGCCACGUAAAGUUUACGAAGCUGUAAGGCGAUUGAAGUAGCAAGUUGCAAACAGUGCAUUUUUUGUAAUGAGUAACAUCUUCAGUACACAUAAUGGAAGUUUUAAAAGUUAGAACUUAAAUGAAAAGGCUUGAAAAGUAUACAAGAAAUAACCACCUUAAGUUUUAAGGAUAAAUGCCUUUUUCAAAUUACAAAGUGCUAAGUAAAUCAAAAUUAAAAUCACGUUUAUGAUAUAAUAAGGGAAAGGGAAAAAAACAGGGAAAGGGAAAAAAACAGCUUAAUACAUUGAAAUUUUCUUAUAAAUAAUAAUAACUUUCAAGAAGUAAUUAAAUAAUAACUUUCAAGAAGAAAAAUAAAUUCAAGAAUUGAAUGAAAAAUUUCAUCAAAUUAUAACUAAUGAGAUAGGCAACAUAACACACUGUCUGCAAAAGCUAGUUUUUAAUUUUUAGAAUUUGUGAAAGUUAAUGAAAAGAGCUUGUGUUAAGGGUAUAGUUAUUUUAUGAAUUAUUAAAAAAAUAUUUAAAAUAACUUUACUUUUUUCUAGCAUUAGGGGAAAAUUCUUCAUUAAAUCUCAGUUAUGCUCAUAGCAACAAGGUUUUAAAACGGUAUUCUAAUCAACUAUUUUUUUUUAAAAAUUUCUUUGUUUAAUUUGUUAUUUUAUUAAAUUAACGUUGGUAAUAGCAAUUUAAGUUCUUAUGAAAAAAAUUUUGUUGUCUAUACUGUAUAACUAAAAAAUUGAAUGUAUUGAUGGUAAAUAAUUUGAAACAUGAUGAAAAAAAAUAACAGAAUUUAUCUUAUUUAUGUUCAUUCAAAAGUAACAUUCAUUUUUUUAAUUGUUUCUAAUAUGUCUGUUUCCUGUUUAAUAAGUAUAUACAGGGUGCGUAGCGCUUCUUAAAAAUGCUUAAAGGCACUUAUUUUUAUUUUGUUUUUUAAAAGCCCUUAAAGGUGCUUUUUUUAUUCAAGGUUUUUUAAAAAGUGCUCAAUUUUCU